AUGCAAAACCCACGCGACUGCGGCGUCCCGGCCGCUGUCAUGGAUUAUGAUCCUCCCGGGAAUGUCACAGUGAAAUACGUCGGUCAGCUCGGAGUCGGCCUGGUUGCCACCACCAAUAUAGAGCGUGGUGAUCCCAUUUUGUUCGAGCGAGUUAUAGCAGUACUGGAAAGAGACGAGAGUAUCAGUGCGACAAUAUAUAACAUCGCAAUCCUAGCCCAGCUUGAAAAUAUGGGGCCUUGGUUCAAGAACUAUUUUUAUAAGCUGCAAAAGCGCCAUGGCGAUGGGACGCCAGACAGCCUGGGUGCGAAGUUCGACCUAGCGUGCAUCCCAUGCCCGGCCUCAGUUACGGCUGGGGGAAAGAUGAUAAGAGUAGCGGGCAGUUGGUGUUCGAGAACCAACCAUUCGUGCACGCCGAAUGCGCAUCAAAUGUUGUCGAGAGGAUUGGACGACAAGGCCAAGGAGGCAUAUUACGUCGCAGUGCGCGCAACUAAAGUCAUACGCAAGGGCGAAGAAGUGACUGUCGCUUAUGACUACGUCAAUAUGCAACCGGCAGCUAGAAGGCAGUACAUGCUCGCACGAUUCGGAUUUGUUUGCCGUUGCCAUGUAUGCGACCGCCCUACUGAAACUAUAGAGAAAUGCUUCUCGGCGCUCCACGAAGAUAUUGCAGCCAUUCAGACGCGAUAUUUUUCCAGUAUAGAUCCGGUGAAAUUCUUCCAGUGCAUUGAACGUAUAUACCUUCUACACGUCGGCCUGGAUUUCCUUGACAUCCGGGGCGCGCAAAUCCUGGAGCAGGCCGCUCGGUUUUCCGCUUACCAUUCAGACAAGGGCCGCGCCGUUGGUUUCCUUACCUUAGCCUCACCCCUAUAUCUCUUUGCUGAGGGAGUACAAGGGCCUAACGCGGUCAGGGCUACCAGCUGGAAAGAUGACCCGUCUCUAAUACCAGGGUACGGGACAACGACAAAGGGGCUAUCCAAGGAAUCGGAUUUCCGCAAGAUAGGCCCAUUGGACGCAGUAGGCCUCGCUAUUGCUUGCAUGCAGGGCAUCCAAGAGGGCCAGUACCUCAGCCUGAGUUAUAUGGCAGACCGCCGCGUAGGGGCCCAUUACGGGGGUGUCAACUCGGGUAUGAGGGGUGAUGCUGACGAAGAGGACGCAGAAAAUCGGGCUAAGAACUUGAAAGAACUGAUCAAGACUUUGGAGGAGGAAAAGAAGCACCAUGAUCUAGAGAGACUUGAAGGAUCUCAGCUCAUAGCAAAUGGCAACUCUUCAAGCACUGCGAAUAAGAAAAAGAACGGGGGAAAGAACAAGAAAAAGAAGAAAAAGAAAAGGUAA